GGGGCAGUGUUUGCCUGGUGGCCACUAGAAACAGCCCAGCCUGGGGCCAUGGAAGAAAAUCCAACCUUGGAAUCAGAAGCCUGGGCCUCCUCCAGGGGGUGGCUGGCCCCCCGGGAGGCCAGAGGAGGCCCAUCGCUGUCCUCUGUGCUGAACGAGCUGCCCAGUGCUGCCACCCUUCGGUACCAAGGCCCUGGGGCGCUGCCUUGGGGGGCACCGGAGGAGAAGGAGGAGGAGGCUGGAGAAAGGAGCAGAAAGGCCUUCACAGAAGUCACCCAGAUGGAGCUGCAGGACCCCCACCCUUCCCGGGAACUGCCCUGGCCCAUGCAGGCCAGACGGGCACACAGCUCGGUGUCCGGGCUGAAGCAGACACUGCUGGCGGAGUCCAGGGAUCUGACCAGCUACAGCCACCGGCUGUUUUCGGCCUGGGACUUCGGCUUCUGCGGGGACGUCCACGUGCAGCUGCGCCAGCGCAUCAUCUUGUACGAAUUACAGGUGGGGGCAGGGCUACCGCAGGGCAGGAGCCAAUCAAAUGUAUGGGCUUGUUUGUCGGUGCGGAGCGCUCUUCGCCAAGGAGACUUGACGGUCAUGUCGACCAAUCGACGGCUGCAUCUGGUAGCAUCAGGGGCGGGCCAACUUAUGAUUGGCCAGGUGGUCGUACCAACUAAUUUGGAACCAAUCUGUGGUCGAGGAAGGGACAAGAGGAAGGGGGGCAUCCUCUGGCCAAUCGGUAGUGCAAAGAGGCGGGCGUGCCAGUCCCUGGACAGCUACGACGCCAUGAAUAUCUUGCCCAAGAAGAGCUGGCACGUCGGGAACAAGGACAAUGUCGCCCGCGUGCGGCGUGACGAGGCCCAGGCCCAGGAGGAGGAGAAAGAGCGUGAGCGGAGGGUGCUGUUCGCUCAGCAAGAGGUAAGCUCGGAGGCCGGCCAGGCGGACCUCCGGAGCCCAACGCGCACGCGCCGCGGUUGGGGGCCGAAAGCUGAGGCGUUGCACAGUCUCAGUGUGCCCCGUGUGAAAUUCGGGACCAGUCGCCGAUCCCGUUUUCGAGGACGUUGCCCUGCAAACCUUGUGCCCACUUCCACGAAACCUCCCUUGAUCUCGCCUUCGCCUCCAUCCCUGGACCAGCUUCGAGCUGAACGUCUUCGGAGGGAAGCAGCUGAGAGGGCUCGGGCAGAGGCCCUGCUGGCCCAGGUCCAAGGCCGGGCACUACAGGAGGGUCAGCCGGAAGAAGAGACAGAUGACCGGAAGCGGCGGUACAACUCCCAAUUCAACCCCCAGCUGACUCGGCGCCCCCGCCAGCAGGACCCUCACUUUGCUCAUUGA